AUGAUCGGGGAGAGAAGGGUGUUUGCACGAAAACCAAAGAUAAGGCUCGACUACAUCGCGGCCAAACGAUUGUCGACUGAUGCACUUGGUGAGCGACCCUUCUUGGAAAAAAGUUAACGCUACAAAUCAAUGAUUUCAAAAUGAACCACGUCAGAAAGAAAAAUGUUGCUGCAUGUAUGAUGAAAUUCGAAAAAGUCAAACUCAAGUUUGUUACAGAUGAGAAGAAAUCCCGGUUUUUGUUUGAAAAAAAAAUGAAGUGAAAGGGUUUUACAAUAUGACCCUUUCGAUUACCUGAUUCCUAUUGACCUUUCGAGAGUUUUUCCCGUUACUCACAAGGACAUUGUUUCUCAAAUUUCUCAAAGACAAUUUGUAAGAUUUUAUUUUCCUGAACAACAGUUCUAAAUAACAAGGAAAGAAAAGAAAAAAAAGAUUGGGAGUAUAAGAAAAAAUUCUGAUUUUUUUUUAAUCGUAUAGAGAAUAUAGAAAAAUAUAAACUAAAACUUCUCACGACAUUUUAAUCUUUUUUUCAAAUUUCACAUGUUUCAAAAACAAAAACAUUGAGACUAUUUUGAACACUGAAUGAUACUUCUAUCAGCAAUAUAAAAUCAGAUUGAGGGGAGUCACGGAAACCGCAAAUACAGGAAAGUUUGAUGAGAGAACGAAUAGUGGUCGAUAUCCGAAGUUGCGCCCAUUCCUUGACCUAAAUUCUCCUGGACGCCAGCGAAAGCACAACUUUCCCAUACAAAAUCGGCUGAUGAGAUUUCUCCACUUUACAGUGAUCAAAGUAACAAGAUCAAUUUCGAAUGGAGGACUGUCUGAAUUUCAAUCUGAACUACCCUCGAAACGUUGAAAUGGUUUCUAAGGGGCAAUCGUAGGGCUCUUAAAGGUUACCCUCAAAGACAAUUUAUAGAAGGUCCUUAGCACUGAAUUUCGUUCAUGAGAAAAAACAAUUGGACAAGAAAAAUUUAAUAAAUUAGCGUCAAGCGAAUGAAACAAAUAUUAAUAGAGGAAUAAUCGAAUAAUACGUUUUCAAGUUUUUAAUCCUAAGAAAAACAUUGAAAAACUAAUAAAAAAACACUUAAGCUUCAGCGGCCAAAUGUUUGAACCCAAAACCUUGAUAGAAACUACUAUUAAAAAAAUUACGACAUUUCAGAGCUCCAAUUCGCCGUUAUAGUGGCUUUUUUUCCCCUAAGUUCUCCAGAGAUCCCUCUGGCGUUCCUAAAACUACCUUUGAAGCUUUCCAGGGGUCUUUUUGUUGAAAAACUGUUGAGUUCCGAUUAGAAUCUUUGCAAUUUUGAAAUUUUGAAACCGUUUUCCAAAAAAAGCAUAAUUUAUAGUUUGUUUGAAUAAAAAAUGAACUAAUUUAUAAAUCGAUGCAUUUUUUUCAUAAAAAUUCAUUGAUAGGGCGAAACUUUGACACCAUUCUUUUUCUAAAAAAAGAAAUAUUUCUCCGAGACCUGGCGUUUUUGCAUUCAAGGCAAUUACCUGACACGAUAUCGGGAGUGAUAAGCGUCUGUCUCAACGCUUUUUCUGCCAUCUAUCUAUUUUCGCUUUUCAAGAAUACCACAUAAGUUUAUUGUAGUGUUGUCUUCCUUGCAAUUUGGUCUUUCCCAUAAUCUUUUGUCAACUUUUUUCAGCACUGGAAUGUCUUCAUUUUGGUUCUGAAAAUAUUUCGAGUAACUUUUUUUUCAUACUAAUAGUAAGCUCAAAUUAACUCUUUAAUUUUUGAGCAAACGCGAUGUUUCAAAUUAUUUUUACAAGGAAACUAUUUUUGACCACUGCUUGAACUUUUAAUGAAACUUGGCUAGAAAUCCCUUUAAGACCUAUUAAUUCCGACAAGAGAAGUUUUUUUUUGCUAAUUACACAAAUAAUGAAGAAAAGCGUUGUUUGAAAGGUUUGAACCUCAAUUAUUCAGAAAGAAGAUCUAUUGCAAGAAAUGUUCUCUAUUUCCAAAAUCAAAAGGCUUCAAACUGAAUUUCAGCUUUUCAGCAUGAAUGAAGCAGAAAAGUAAAAAAAAAUUUUCAUUUUAAUUCAAAUUUGUUCUUUGACUUCUGGCCGGAAAAAAAAAAUCAUACAACAUCUCGGAUAGUUUUGCCACUUUGAAAGUUGUUGAACAAACAGGUUUAACUGGUAAGCUAAACUGAUUGCGAAUUGCGUGUCAAGAGAGGCAAACACACAUGGCGUGUGUGCGAUGGUAGGCGCUGCGGAGCAGAUGUGCUCCACUGCGAAUCGGCAUUGAUCUCGCGUUGUAUCCGAAUAUCGCCCAUCUUACAAUCGCUUUUGUUAUGUUCACCGCCUCCUCCUGAGACUUUUCUCUUUCUCAUUAAUACAAGUUAGCUUUUGUUUUUAAGAACAAUUCUUCUUUUUUGGUGCAUUGAAAACUCUCAUGGACAAAAAAAAAGAUUUCCUUGCAGUUUGAAAUCGAAUUUUUUCACGAUCUGUCUACAAGAACUUGUUUGCGUUUGGUCAGGGACAAAUUUCUAUUCAAGCUUUUUCCUCGUUAAUUUUCAACAAUCACAGCUAAAAGUUUUCGCUCAUUUAUUUCAUUGUUUUUCCAUCAGUUCAAACCAGUUUCUGUCAUUUUACAGGAACCAUGCUUGGAAGAAUCGGACAGCCUUUGCUCUCAACUUCACAGAAAGUUUGAUUAUUCAUGGAUAAAAAGAGAUUUUUUUUGUUUUACAGAUGCUUUCACCAGCAUCCCGUACUUUGAUGCUUCACGAACAUCACGGUAUGAAGCUUCUGCAAGACAAUGACAUCAAGGUCUAAAAAAUUGAGAAACUUUCAAUAACCUAACUCUAAAUUUAGGUACCUCCAUUUGGAGUCGCAAAAGACGCCGAAGCGGCUGAAAAACAAGCCAAGGCCAUCGGUAAGCAUCAACAUUACCAUUUGAAAAAUUCAUUAUUUUUCAUUUCAUACAUUCUUUUUUCAGGUGGAAAAGAUUAUGUGGUGAAGGCUCAAGUCCUGGCCGGAGGUCGAGGCAAAGGAAAGUUCGAUUCAGGACUACAAGGAGGUGUGCAGGUCGUUUUCACGUGAGUUUUUGCCAUUCUCAGCUUCGGAGACGAGUAUUAACAGUUCCCACAGCUUUCCAAGACCUCAACUGAAUUCAGACCCCAAGAAGUGAAAGAAAAGGCCAGUAUGAUGAUCGGAGCGCAUUUGAUCACAAAGCAAACCGACCACAGAGGAAAACUUUGCGAGGAGGUACAGUUAAAAACAAAAAAAUAAAUUUUUUUCAUUUUUUUGAUCCUACAAUGAAAAAUGUGAAAAAGUUGAAAGCGAUAUUUUACAAUGAGCGUACUUUCGAAUUUAGAAAACCAUUUUUCAAGAAAUUUUGAAAAAGUCAGGCAAGAGUUUUUCAGGUGAUGGUUUGCAAGCGUCUUUUUACCAGACGCGAGUACUAUUUCUCCAUCACGCUUGACCGUAAUACAAACGUGAGAAAAAGGCUUGGUGAAGUUUUAAAGCUCGAGGGUUCAGGGCCCGAUUAUUAUUGCAUCCAGCAAAGGUGGCGUCAAUAUUGAAGAAGUUGCCGAGACUGAACCAGAUGCUAUCGUCAAGGUAUUUUGUCCUUGAAAGAAUCAAAAUUCCUGAAAUAAGCUCUUCUGCUGUAAUAAUCUCUCAAGCCGUAGGUUGUUGAACUACAAGUAACCAUGAAAUAUUUUUUCUGAUAGGAAAAACUUACAGGUUCCCAUCAACAUUCAAAAGGGAGUAACUCCGGAAAUCGCCGCAGACAUUGCCAAGAGAAUGGGAUUCUCUGCGGACUGCGCCGAACAGGCCACCGAUAUCAUCCAGAAGCUCUACAACAUGUUCAAGAACAGCGACGCCACUCUCGUCGAGAUCAACCCGAUGGCAGAAGACGUCAACGGAGAUGGUUUUUCAUCUGAACAUUUUCUGAGAACUUUUGAACUUUAGUUUACUGCAUGGAUUGCAAACUUCUUCUCGACUCCAAUGCCGAAUUCCGCCAGCAUGAACUCUUCAACUUGAAGGAUAAGAAGCAGGAGGAUCCGUUGGAGGUAUGGAAAAAAAUUCUUCGAGGAUUAAUAAAAAUCAAACAUUUGCCCAAAUAACUUUCUCUCUAAAAAUAUAAUUAUUAAAAAAAGUUAGCUUUCAACCUCGUUUAAAAAAAAAUUCAUGCUAAAACGAAUGACUCGACGACUGGAUUCUGGUUGAACGUUCCUGUGUUUUUAACAUUUUCAAUUCAAAAAUUCCUGGAUUAAUCGUUUCAGAUCCGUGCCGCCGCGGCAAACCUCAACUAUAUCCGCCUCGAUGGAAACAUCGGCUGCAUGGGUGAAAUAUCUCCUGUUUUCAAUUCAUUUCAUUUUUUCUUUUAGUCAACGGAGCCGGUCUUGCCAUGGCUACGAUGGACAUCAUCAAGUUGCACGGAGGAGAGCCAGCCAACUUCCUUGACGUCGGCGGCGGUGCCACUGUCGAGCAGGUUACAGAAGCCUUCAAAAUUAUCACGGCCGAUGAGAAGAAAGUGAGUUUUGCAGAAAAAAUUUCUGCAAAUUUAUUUUCACCGUUUCUGACGCUAUAAUUGCAGGUGAACGCCAUUUUGGUCAACAUUUUCGGUGGAAUCAUGCGAUGUGACGUCAUUGCCCAAGGUAUCAUUAAAGCAGCGAAGGAACUCGACUUGAAAAUUCCGAUUGUUGUUCGCUUGCAAGGUGAGCUUUAAGUUCGCAUUUUUUAUCUAAAACAAAAUUGUUUCUCAGGAACCAAAGUAGAAGACGCUAAGGCUUUGAUCGCUACUUCAGCUCUUCGCAUCCUCCCCUGUGAUAACCUAGAUGAAGUUAGUUAGAGUUGAGAAGCCAUGUCUAAUUCGAUUAUUGAAGGCCGCCAAGAUGGUCGUGAAACUUUCGAACAUCGUCAACCUUGCUCGCGCUGCUCAAAUCGACGUCAAAUUCGAACUUUCCAUCUAG